UCCUCGUCCCAACUUGCUGAGAUGGCGGCGGCCUUGAGAGAAAGGGUGGGCUGCAAAAGCACCGCUGCCCACGUCUGCCGUGCGCCGGGCAAACUCUGGCACGGGAGCCACGGCAAGUGAUUAAGCGAUGCGGCGGACGAGGCGGGACACUACAAGAAACACAUUCACAAGCAAGAGAAAGCCUCCGAAUAAGCACAAAAAGCAGCCGCGCGCCCUCCAGCGCCAGUGGUAUCGACAGCGAGCCAGCCCCGCCGAGCCGAGCCGGACCACGGCAGGCCCACGAGCCGCCGCACCUGCUGGGGACGGCGGCAGCCAGGGAACGCCUGGCCGCCUUCUCCGAAGCCCGGCGGGUGCUCUUUCCACGCAGGUCGCCUCGGCAGCCCAGUGCGCGGCAGCGCCGGCGCGCGAGGGCCCGACUUCCACGCAGGUCGCCUCGGCAGCCCAGUGCGCGGCAGCGCUGGCGCGCGCCAGGGGGGCCAACGGCCCCCGGGAGCCGGGCCCGACGCAGAGAGGCACGCGCCUACGAGCGCCCACGGGAGGAGGAGGAGGAGGAGGAGCAGCAGGAGGAGGAGCAGCAGGAGGAGGAGGGGGAGGGAGAGGCACGCGGCUGGCGCACGGCAGGUGCGCGGCCAGCGAGCCGCCGUCUCGCCGACGUCGCAGGACACGAGGGGAACAUCUCCUGGCCGGAGGGACCCCUUCGACGCCUGCAGGCACCGAGGGCAAGCUGCGCGCCUCGCGAGCUGCGCGCCUCGCCCGCUGCUCCACCGCGCCGCUGCGGCCUGCCUCCUCCGGAGCGCGAGCCGAGUCCCCCUCGGGGCGGCAGCGGCGCGGUCCCCGCUGGUGCAGGGGCUCCCUCUGAGACCUCCUCCUCC